CCUCUUUCCAACUUUGUUGCACAUUUUGCGUGUUAGUAUACAAACAUGUCGGACGACGGCUCUAUUCAGGGCGAGGUGGAGCCCAACCUGAGCGUGCCGGAGGUGGUAACGAAAUACAAGGCGGCGGCGGACAUCUGCAACCGUGCUUUGCAAGCUGUGAUUGACGGAUGCAAGGACGGCGCCAAGAUUCUGGAUCUGUGCCGCAGCGGCGACACCUUUAUCAACAAGGAGUGCGCUAACAUCUAUAAGGGAAAGGAAAUUGAGAAGGGCGUGGCCUUCCCGACUUGCGUGUCCGUCAACAGCGUUGUUGGCCACUUCUCGCCCAACGGCGAUGACUCCACUGCUCUUAAAUCCGGAGAUGUCGUCAAGAUUGACCUGGGCUGCCACAUCGACGGCUUCAUUGCCACGCAAGCCACCACCGUGGUCGUCCAGGCCGGCACCGAGCCCAUUACCGGCCGCGCCGCGGAUGUCAUCGCCGCUGCCCGCACCGCCUUCGAUGCCGCAGUGCGCUUGAUACGCCCCGGCAAGCACAUUUCCGACGUGGCAGCGCCCCUACAGAAGAUCGCGGAGGCGUACGGCUGCAACUUGGUUGAGGGCGUGAUGUCGCACGAAAUGAAGCAGUUUGUGAUCGACGGCAGCAAGUGCAUCCUGAACAAGCCGACGCCGGACCAGAAGGUGGAGGAUGCGGACUUUGAGGAGAACGAGGUGUAUGCCAUCGACAUUGUGGUCAGCACUGGCGAGGGCAAGCCCCGAGUCCUGGACGAGAAGGAGACCACCGUCUACAAGCGCGCCCUGGAGGUGGCCUACCAGCUCAAAAUGCAGGCCUCCCGCACCGUCUUCUCCCUGGUCAACGCCAACUUCGCCACCAUGCCCUUCACCCUCCGCGCGCUCAUGGACGAAGCCGCCAGCCAGAAGACCGAGCUGAAGGUGGGGCAGCUCAAGCUGGGCCUGGUUGAGUGCCUAAACCACGGGCUGCUGCACCCCUACCCGGUGCUGCACGAGAAGGGCGGCGAGCUGGUGGCUCAGAUCAAGGGCACUGUGUUGCUCAUGCCCAACGGCUCCAGCAUCGUGACGUCCGCGCCGCGCCAGCCGGUUGCUAGCGAGAAGAAGGUGGAGGACAAGGAGAUCCUGGAUCUGCUGGCCACCCCCGUGAGCGCCAAGAGCGCCAAGAAGAAGAAGAACAAGGACAAGGCCGCCGCCGCCGCGCCCGCCGCCGACGCUUAAGAGCCUUCUCAUUCGGAGGAGAGGAGCUGCUUUCCUGGAUAGGCGGCUGUGCGGACCUGCACGGCAAUCAAAUCCACAUUAUGGGCCAAUCGCGCGUUGGUUUGUCUGUGGCAGGUUGACAUGAGGAGCCCGUGAUGUGGCGCUGAGUGCACAUGCGGUGCGUGGUCGGCUGCGCGAGGGGCCCUCUGGAUUCGGGGCGGGGGAGUGUAUUGCGGUGGUUUGCGGCAGGAGGAGCGGAAUGGUAGUAGUAGGUUCUUGACGUUGGGCGGUGUAUUGGGGUGCAUGUGUCAACGUGGGGGGCGAAGGACGAUGAGUCGAGUCGGGUUUGGCGCGAGUGCUUUCGAAUUUGCAAUUAUGGACCAAGCACCAAGUGUUUAGGUUGCACCCGCCCUCGCUUCUUGACAUGUGCACACUGGGUUGUUGGGCUUUCCGGUUUUCGUUGUGUAUGUAGCGCAGUUGGGGACGACAAGGCGCGCUGCUUUGUUGUGCGUGUGUCGCAUGGCAACAUCACGUGCGUGCUCCGGGGGGAUGUGCGAAUGGUUCCGAGUCGGCAGUUGCGUGUUGCGGAGACGGUCUUAAAUAACACUGAAGUCCUUUAAGCGUGUGAAAGGGUCUCUCCCUCAGCGAGUAACAGCUGAGUGAAUCGCACCUACCGAACCGCUGGUGCCGCGUGCCAGGGCCCUCGCUGUCGCCAGCACGUGCUGCUCAGUUGUACGCCACACGGAGAUCUUGGUUUGCGGGGCGAGUUUGAAGUCCGGGCUGUCAUAAGGGGACUGCAAGCCCUUCGGCUAGCGGCUAAGAGCCAAGGCGGCG